AUGUUGGGCUCUCCCUGCCGAUUGUGUCUCCUGGCUGUGGUCUUCUCCUUGGUCCGCAGAGUCCAGCUCUUAGCUCCACAGGACUUCGAAGAAGAGGAGGAAGAUGGAACACCACUGCCAUCCGGAAGCGCAGUGCCCUGUGACUAUGACCGCUGCCGCCACCUGCAGGUGCCUUGCGAGGUGUUGAAGAGUGCUGGGCCCCGCAUCUGCCUCUGCCCGGGGAUCUCCAGCGAGGCCCAGCCGCCAGACCCACCGCGCCUGGGAGAAGUGCGCGUGGUGGCCGAGGAGGGCCGCGCCCAGGUCCACUGGUGUGCCCCCUCCUCCCCGGUCCACCAAUACUGGCUGCUGCUUUGGGAAGGCAGAGGGGCUCCGCAGAAGGGUCCCCCCCUCAACUCUACCUUCCGACGGGCUGAACUGCAAGGACUGAAGCCUGGAGGGGCUUAUUACGUGUGCGUGGUGGCUGCCAAUGAGGCGGGAGAAAGCAGCGCGCCAGGGCCCCAGGCGGAGAACCUGGCGGGCACCGACUCUCCUGACUUCGGGCCCUGCGGUCAGCUGACUGUGCCCCCCAGGCCGUUCACCCUGGUCCACGCGGCCGUGGGCGUGGGCACAGGCCUGGCCCUGCUCUGCUGCUCGGCCCUGGUCUGGCACUUCUACUUGCGGGAGCGCUGGGGUUGUCCCCGCCGCCGGGACGCAGCAGCGCACCUUUAA